AUCAAGGCCAUGCAACUCCUCAUAAACGACAAAAAUCUUUCAACCAUAAAACACCCACCAUUCUCCUUUCAAACAUUUCAAACACCUUCCAUUUUCUAUCCCUUUUCAUGUGUCACAUACAUUAUCAGAACUCUUUUGUAGGAUCUUAAACAAUGGAGAGUAGUACUACAAGCUCUGAACUCCCUCCUGGCUUUAGAUUUCACCCAACUGAUGAAGAAUUGAUUGUGUAUUACCUUUGUAAUCAAGCCACAUCAAAGCCAUGUCCUGCUUCUAUCAUACCAGAAGUUGAUAUCUAUAAAUUUGAUCCAUGGGAAUUGCCAGAUAAAUCGGAGUUUGCAGAGAAUGAAUGGUAUUUCUUUAGUCCAAGAGAAAGAAAGUACCCAAAUGGGGUGAGGCCUAAUAGAGCAACUUUAUCUGGUUACUGGAAAGCUACUGGCACAGACAAACCAAUCAACACUGGAUCAAAGCAAAUUGGAGUCAAAAAAUCUUUAGUCUUUUACAAGGGUAGGCCACCAAAGGGAAUCAAAACUAAUUGGAUCAUGCACGAGUAUCGAUUAAUCGGAUCACAAAAACAAACUAGCAAACAUAUUGGAUCCAUGAGGCUAGAUGACUGGGUUUUGUGCAGGAUCUAUAAGAAGAAACACAUGCAAAAAACAUCGCAGCAAAAAGAGGACUAUUCAACUCUUCAGUUCAAUGAUUCUACGAUAGCGAAUAACAACGAACAAGAAAGGAUGAACAUGAACCUGAACCUUACAAGAAGUUGUUCACUUACUUAUCUUUUAGAUAUGAAUUACUUUACUCCAAUCUUAUCUGAUGGUUCAACUUUUGAUUUUCAAAUCAAUAAUUCAAAUAUUGGGAUAGACCCUUUUGUAAAACCUCAGCAAGUUGAAAUGAGUAACCAUUAUGAAGCAGAUUCGAUCACAAAUCAGUCAUUCUUUGUGAAGCAAAUGUAUAAUUCUUUAGGAUAAGAAUUUAGAUUGGCUAGAUAUGUUUAAAGAACUAUGUCAUUUUUAUUUAUUUAUAAGUAGAAAUUGAACUAUGUCAAAUAUAUUUUAUACCAUAGAAUAGAAUGGAUUUUCAUUUUCAAUCCUUUGUUGACACUGUUUAUACAAAUUGUAACAUUUUUAAUGGCUCUUAAUAAAAAUUCACAUAUGGAAUCACCUUCCAAA